GCGUUCAACACACACAUUUCCAGCUGUCACUGACGAGUGCAGAUUGUCAACAUGUAAAUUUGGAUCGCAAGAAAAAGCUAAAACAAGGAACAAAAUCGUAACAAUUCAGUUUGUGUAUCAAUUGCUCGUCCAUAGUGGCUUAGGAUAUUGUGCAGUUUAGUUGCAGAUGCGAUGCAGAAGAUCGCAAAACAGUACCCAAAGACGCAGUGAAACGUUCCGUGGCAAACUUAGCAAAGCGUACCGCGAGCUAGCACUACCCGAAAGCAAUCAAAAACCGCGUACGGGACUUUCCGGUUGGUCCAGAGAGUUCCCGUAAAGAGGUUGCGGAAACAACCUAGAGAACCAUAUUAUUAUCCGGGUGAAGACGGAGCAAUCACGGGUUCAAAAUGUUGUUAAAUAUUCACGACUCGUCACAGCUGGCCGAUAGCCGACGGUUAGGAACCGUGCUCUUAUUCCUAUUAAUAGAACUGUUCUUUGAUGGUGCCGAAACUGCCUCACAAGCUGAAAUCGAUCGACAUCUAGAAAUUGGUAGAGACUUUUUAGCCCGAGGUCAGCUAUCGGAUGCGUUAACACACUAUCAUGCGGCAGUAGAGGGUGACCCGAACAACUACCUUACCUACUUUAAGCGUGGCACAGUUUACUUCGCCCUCGGGAAGGCCAAAUUUGCAAUAAGCGACUUUACGCGCGUGCUCGAACUGAAGCCCGACUUUACGGCGGCCCGGGCACAGCGUGGUUCCGUGUACCUGAAGAUGGGCGACUUUGAAAACGCCGAAAUGGAUCUGAUGGUGGUGCUACGUAUGGAUCCACACAACCCGGAGGCAAACAUGCACUUUAGCCGCAUUGGACCGGCCCGCGACCAGUGGGUGCUGUGUGUGGAUCUGAUGGAGCGGGGAGAUUUUAACACGGCCAUCGCACUGCUAACACAGCUGCUCGAAGUGUGCCCCUGGUCGGUACCGAUUCGGGAGUCUCGUGCCCAGAUGUACCUGCGCAUCGGUGACCGGAUGGCGGCGGUAAGUGAUUUCCGCUCGGUGAACCGAUUGUCCCACGACAGCACGGAAGGAUAUUACCAGCUGGCGCGCAUCCUGUACGACAUCGGUGAUUCCGGUGCCGCGCUGAAGGAGAUCCGCGAGUGUCUCAAGCUGGACCCCGAGCACAAAGACUGCUUCCCCUUCUAUAAGAAAAUAAAAAAGGUAGACAAAGUGUACGUGGAUGCGCAGCUGGCCCAGGAAGAACAACGAUACGCCGACUGUAUUAGUGGGGGCGAGAAGCUAGUCAAUCUGGAACCGGACGUUCCGAUGAUUGUGUACAACGGCAAACAGCUGCUGUGCAGCUGUCUAGUAAAGGAGGAAGAGUUCACCGAUGCUGUCGUUCGAUGCCGGGAAGCGCUCGACAUUUAUCCCGACCCCGAGGUAAUGUGUGACCGGGCCGAAGCGCUCAUCGGUGCGGAAAUGUACGACGAGGCCAUUGCACAGUAUCGUGAAGCGCUCGAGAUAAAUGACAAUCUGCAGCGGGCAAAGGAUGGCAUCGAACAUGCGCAGCGCGUUCAAAAGCAAGCGGAACGGCGAGAUUAUUACAAAAUUCUAGGCGUUAAACGUACCGCCACGAAGCAGGAAAUUGUGAAAGCAUACCGGAAAGCGGCCCAAAAGUGGCAUCCGGACAAUUUCCAGGGCGACCAGAAGAAGAUGGCCGAAAAGAAGUUCAUCGAUGUGGCGGCAGCGAAGGAGGUGCUGACGGAUCCGGAGAAGCGAAAACAGUUCGAUGCUGGACAGGAUCCGCUCGAUCCCGAAGCAGGCCGGAAUGGGUUCGGAGGUGGCAAUCCAUUCCAUCACUUCCAUCACGGGUCUCCCUUCCAGUUUAAGUUCCACUUCACGUAAUGUGCUCCAGCACGUUCUGUUUCCUUCCUGCGCUGCGCAAAAUACCCUCCCUUUCGUUCCUUUUCGUUAGUUAGUUGUCGCUGUCGGUCCGGAUGGGUGCAGUGCACUAUCCGACCACGCAAGGACAAAAAGCAGAUGGAAACACAAAUCGAAAAUCACGCAACCAUUUGCGACAGGCGUGCUCUCAGGUGAUCUUUUUUUGCGUUCUUGCUAGGGAAUGUGUCGUAGCAUGAAAGAGUUCACUUUUAUCAGAUGCUGUAAUGUGCGUGUAUGAGCUAACGGAUACCGUGUGCCAGCUUUAAUUUAUUGUUCAUCCGUUAGGUCUUUUUUUUGCUGUUUAUUUUGGCAGUUGAGCUAUACACAAGUUCUCACGAUUGAUAAAUCGUUUUAAUUUUAAAACGGAUAUUUUCUACGCUCCGAAGCUACACGACUAAACAGAAAGUAAACAAUUCGCCAAUGAAGCAUUAUAUUUUGUUACUAUAAAGUUUUUUUUAGUGAAUGCUCUCAUUAGCUAGUGUAGUGCGGUCGUAUUAUUUCCCGAAGGCAAACAAGGACGGUAGAAAAGUGAACGUACAAUUUCUAGGCAGAAGCAGGCAGACUGUCGAUAGACUGAAACGGUUGAUGAUAAGAGAUCGAACGCGGCAUAAACAGCUUGUUAACGUGUUUUGUACAUAUUAAUACUGCUUUGGUCACAAUCUAAAAGCUAAAACAAUACAAUAAACCUCUUAGUGAUACUAGUACGAA